CCAAGAAGUUCCACGGCGUAACCGAGCUGCGCAAUCGCAUUGGCGCGUACGGCCGUUCCUGUAUCGGGCAGGUCGCGAUACAGUCGCAAUGGAGCAGAAGAAAAUAUUGGCUCUGGGCUUCCUCAUUAAGUCCCUCGUCCCCGCGUUUCUGGAGAGUCUAGUACGCGUCGAGGUUAAUUGACAGUGGCGCUGGUCGGUGAGCUACCAGCAACAUCACCAGCUUCCUUAUCUAUCGCCUUGGCGGUGAUCACGCGAGCGGAGAGAUGCAUGUGUCGCUUCCAGCUCCGUGGUUCAGGGAAGUCUAAAAAGCCAUCGAGCCGCUGCUUUCCGGCCAGCUUAUUUGGAUCACCUCCUCGCUCGCUGGCUCACCGACUAGGUUCUCGUCUUCAGCCAACACACGACGGUCUUCUGCCACCUACAAUCUUGUUCAAGGCCUAACUCGUGUAGCAACAGCCCACAAGAUGAGGACGACCGCUCUCACAUUGGCCCUGCCGGCGCUGACCAGCGCUGUCAAGUGCAAGCCCUACGUCGAGUCCGAGAAGCUCCAGGAGCUCAUCAACAUCGAAGACCUCCUGGCCGGCUCUCAGAAGCUCCAGGACAUUGCGGACGCCCACGAGGGAAACCGCGCCUUCGGUGGUGGUGGUCACAAUGCGACUGUAGACUGGCUAGUCGAGGAGCUCGAGAAGCUCGACUACUACGACGUCUACAAGCAGCCCUUCACCGAGGCAUUCGCCGGCGCCAAGGCGACUCUCACCGUCGCAGGUGAUGCCAUUGACGCCCGCCCUCUGACAUACACACCUGGCGGGUCCCUGACCGGCGCUACCUUGGUUAACGUCGCCAACCUUGGGUGUGAGGCGUCCGACUACCCCGUCGAAGUCUCUGGUGCUGUUGCGCUCGUGUCGAGAGGCACCUGCAACUUUGCGGUGAAGGCCACCCUCGCCAAGGCUGCCGGCGCUGUUGGAGCUAUCAUCUACAACAACGAUGUCGGCGCGCUUUCCGGUACCCUGGGCGCGGCAUCAGAUGGUUAUGCCCCGACCGUGGGCAUUACCCGUGAGGAGGGACAGGCUCUCGUUGCUUCCCUUGCAGCUGGCCAGGAGCUCACUCUCGAUCUCAAUGUCAUUUCCAUCAUUGAGAACCGUGUCAACUACAACGUCAUUGCUGAGACGAGGGGCGGAGACCAUGACAAUGUCCUGAUGAUUGGAGGCCACUCCGAUUCCGUUUUCGCCGGCCCUGGCAUCAACGACGAUGGUUCCGGUACCGUUGGUGUUCUCACCGUGGCCAAGGCCCUCACCGAGUUCACUACCAAGAACGCCGUUCGACUUGGAUUCUGGGGUGCGGAGGAGUACGGCAAGCUCGGCUCCUACUUCUACGUCAAGUCUCUCAACAGCUCCGAGGAGGAAAUCUCAAAGAUCCGCGCAUACCUCAACUUCGACAUGAUCGCCAGCCCCAACCCCAAGCUCGCCAUCUACGACGGUGACGGUAGUGCCUUCAACUUCACUGGCCCCGCCGGCUCCGACGUCAUUGAGAAGGACUUUGAGGAGUUCUUCGAGUCCAAGGGCCUGGGCCACGUUCCUACCGAAUUCAACGGUCGCUCUGAUUACGCCGGGUUCAUCGAGAACGGUAUCCCGUCUGGCGGAUUGUUCACUGGUGCCGAGGGUCUCAAGACGGAGGCCGAGGCCGCGCUGUUCGGUGGCGAGGUUGGUGUUGCCUACGACGUCAACUACCAUUUGAUCGGGGACGACAUUACCAACCUGGACAACGAUGCUUACCUUGUCAACACCAAGGCUAUUGCUCACAGUGUCGCAAAGUACGCCAUGAGCUGGGAAACUCUUCCUGCUGUUGAGUUGAAGAAGCGCAGGUGGGCUGCAGACACGGCCCAGCACCUCAAGCGUGCUGCUGAAUUGACCGGUCACUCCCAUGACGGACCUUGCGGUGGCGGCUCACACUUCUAAGGGUGAUGCAUCCGACCGACUGAAUCCCAUUAAGGGCACCACUCAAUCCGUGGGUGUUUGGUUCAUCCUCGGAGUAAAAAUAGACGAGAAAUGAAUGGAUGACAGACUUGAUGUUA